AUGGAAUCGCGAUCGACGACCCCCGAAGGUGGCACGCGAGAACGACUGCCGAAUCUGUUCGAGGUGCUGUCGCGGCGGACAUUGGCGCCCGUCGACCUCUUCUCCUUUUACAUUUACAUGCGCGAUGUGCAACGGAGUGUGGAUUAUCUGGAUUUCUGGCUCGAUGUCUCCCAACACAUGUCGCUCUGCCGCCACUACGUCCGCGAACUGCGCCGAAGCGUCCUGAUCUCCACGCCGGACCUCGAGAAAGGCGGCGCGGGCUCCAAACGCUCCUCGCAAGUGCUCGACAACUACAACCUCGAGCGCACCUCCUCGGACCAAGGCCCCAGCGGCACCCAACCCCAACCCCAACCCCGCCAAACCAGCAAAGAGCGCGAACGCCUCAGCACAGACCAACGCCUCUCCGCCUUCCUCCGCGACGACCGACCCACAGGCCACAGCCCGCAAAACAGCACCGCGAGCCAAAAAUCCGAACAAAAUACCCCGGGCUCCGAACAACCGCCCCGUCCCUCGUUCGUAACGGGCACAGGAACCAAUACUCCCUCCCCGCUAAACAACAGCAACGGCAGCCCCCACCACACAGUAGCCCGGGCCGACAUCCGCGCCUCCGCCGAGAAAAUCCUCUACACCUACCUCCUCCCCGGCGCCGAACGCGAAAUCAUCCUCCCCCAAGGCAUCCUCAACGAAAUCACCACGGCAAUCGAAAAAGAAGGCCGCGACGACCCAGAAGUCUUCGAUGCAGCCAAAGACUACGUCUUCCAAGCCAUGGAACGCGACGCCUUCCCCGGCUUUCUGCGCGCCAAAGCCCUAGGAAAUAUCGUGCAGCCCAGCCUACUCCUGCGUCUGAUCGUGGGACUCGUGGCCAUGUUUGCCGGGUUCUGGACGGCGUUUGUUCUGAUUUUCUUGGGGAAAGGUAGGGUAACGCGGUGUUGGGUUAUCUGGCCUUUUACGUUUGGGGUGUAUUUCUUGGCGAGUCAUCAGUAUUUGCUUGAUCCGAUAUUGGCGUUGGUGGGGUAUAGUGAGUAUACUAUUGGGAGCGUGCAUCGUAUCAAGGAGCCGUUUAUCAGGAAACUUCUCAAUAAGCGGGCCAUGAUGUGUCUCGGCUGGAUCUUCAUCAUCGAUGUCGUGCUCUGCUGUAUCUUCAUCCUGGUGCCAAGUCAUCGGCUAUGA